GGCAGGAAGAGCUACAGAGCGGAGAUACAUGAUGAUGUCAACACGCCAGUGAUCCUCUCGGUCUGGCAAACACAAGGCCCUUUUUAACUCAUCGAUUUCUUGUUAUAUAUCGUAAUGGUCUGGUGGGAUUUUACAAGUAAUGUUCUGCCUGAUCUCAGAGGUGGUCGUUGUGUCGGCUCUGUCCUUUAAGGCGCAUUGCAGCUUUGCUCAAGGACUCUAGCGAUCAUCCGCAGCAUCCGGAGGAGUCCAGAUCCUACUGAUGCACCAGUGUGGAGAGCAGGAAGCUGGUGUUCACUGAAAAACCACAGGCAAAUGAAACAGGAAGGAUGGCAGCAAUCAGUGGGGCUUGAUUCGCCAGUGAAGUAAUUCUUUAAUCAAACCAGCUUGGUCCUUUCCCUAGACUGGGAGUUGUUUUUAUCUCAGAGGAGCUGGACUGUGACCCUUGCCAAGGACUUGUAUUCUGUGCAGCACAGAGAUUUGCCCGGGCGAGAUUAGACACCAUCUGGCUAAUUUGACAGGAUUGAGAGUGAUGAGAUGUAUCUCGCAAUGUCAAAGCAAAAUCAUUUUGGCUGUUUGACCAGAGAUCUAGAGACAUGGAGAAUCUGAGCCUCAUCUCUCCUUAUCUACACUUCUGAGCUGGGUUUGAGUCGGGAGGACCAUGCUCUGCUCAGAGCGUGGCGUGGUGGAGGAAUGGCUCUCAGAGUUCAAGACAUUACCUGACGAUCAAAUCCGCAGCUAUUCUGGCAGCCUGCAUCUGAAGAAAGCUCUGGUACCCGCGCUCUACGCUGUUAUUCAGGAGCAGCCCAUCAGUGAGCUGCUGGCUCCGGUGUGUCAUCAGUUGUUUGAGCUGUACCGGAGCUCAGAAGAGGGCUUGCGUCGGUUUACUCUGCAGUUCCUGCCUGAACUCAUCUUGGUGUACUUGCGUCAGGCAGCCAGCAGAGAGCGCUACCGCAAUGGCUGCGUGGAAGCCCUGCUGCUGGGGAUCUAUAACCUGGAAAUUGUGGACAGUAAAGGAAAUGGAAAGCUGCUGUCUUUCACAAUACCGUCUCUCUCCAAGCCUUCAAUAUACCAUGAGCCAUCCAGCCUGGGCUCCAUGGCGUUAACUGAGGGAGCCCUGAACCAGCACGACCUCAUCCGGGUGGUCUACAGCGGUCUGCUAUCUCAGAGAGAGACAUUUACCUCACAGAACAGGUUUGAGGUGCUGUCUUUUCUAAUGCUCUGCUACAACUCAGCCGUGGUCUUGAUGCCUGCGUCCUCCCACCAAUCGGUUUGCAGAAUGAGCACACGGCUGUGUGUGAGCGGUUACCCGCGCCAGCAGCAAAAGUCAUGGAAGGAGCCGUAUAACCGGGUCCGAUUGGAGCCAGAGUUCAUGGUGCAGAUGCUGACUGCUGUUUACCACGCCAUUUAUAAUGGGCAGUGGGAAUUGGGGAGGGAAGCUUUGGAUGACAUCCUCUACCGAGCACAGUUAGACCUCCAUGCACAGCCGUUACUGGUGGCAAAUGCAAUUAGUCGCUCACUUCCGUCCCGUCCUCCGGAGGGCUCGCAUAACCUUCUGGAGGUGGAAGUAACACCUGCUGGGAGAUGUGUCUCACAGGCAGCUGUCACUACCGCCUCCAUUCGCCGCCUCCGCUGGAAACAAGAGGAUGCUGACGGCAUGAGCUGUGGAGAGGACUCUUUUGACCCAGAUGAAGGGUUUUCCUCUGGGGCUUCCAGCAGCAGCCAGCCCAGCAGUGUGAAACGUGACUGGGUCAUAAUGGGCAUUCGACCUUCCCGAGACCCGGGAGCCAGACAGAGGGAAAGCACGUCAGCUGACACCAGAGCCGCCCUCCGGAGCCUUCAGCAACGGCACCAGUCCCCUCCCCCUGCCAUCAGCCUUCAAACCACAGGAAGCAGCCCCAGCCCCAGUGCUCCCAGACGCUAUCUGGAUCCACAUUACAUCCCUCCCUUUGCUGGUGUGCCGCCUAAAACCAGCAGCACGUCUUCUAGCAAGUCUCUUGACUGUACCGGCCUAAACGGCUCAUCGGGACCUACAGAUAGCCUAUCGUUUGGAAGCCUAAAUGCAGACAGGGCACACUAUCUAUCAGCCGUCAGCUUACAAGAGGAACGUCUAGGGCGAACAACGCGGAGCCAGGAUCUCCUCUCCCCCGGGAGUCCGUUCUCCUCUGGAAGCCCAUUGUCCAAACAGUCUCGGUCACCCAGUUUUAAUAUGCAGAUUAUAUCACAGGUGUAGAAUGAUUCUGCUGGGCUGUGUGUGCAUGAGAAUACGAAAGCCUAUUUCUGCCUUGGAAUAAUAAAAUAAUAAAAAAGGUAAUUUCGACCUUU